GAAGAGCAGAAAAGGUGCAUCUUCCACACUCAGACUAAGCAAAAAUGGGCAGUUCACAUUCAACUCAUAAACUUCAUCAUCAUGGCUUUGAUGCAGACCAAGAUGCCAAGAAAAUACAUAGAGCCUGCAAAGGAGCAGGAACCGAUGAGAAGAAAAUUAUUGAAGUCUUGGCAAGUCGAACAUCAGAGCAGAGACAACAAAUAAAACAGAAGUACAAGGCUCUGUAUAACAAGGAUUUGGAAGAGGAGCUGAAGGGAGACCUGAGUGGGAAUUUUGAAAAGGCUGUGCUGGCUCUGCUGGACCUGCCCUGCGAGUAUGAGGCCCGAGAGCUUCAGAAGGCGAUGAAGGGUGCUGGGACGGAUGAGUCACUGCUGAUUGAGAUUCUCUGCACACGAAACAAUAAGGAAAUUGUAAACAUAAAGGAGGCAUACAAACGACUCUUUGAUAGGGAUCUAGAGUCUGAUGUUAAAAGUGACACAAGUGGCUCCCUACGGAAGAUAUUAAUCACUGUGCUAGAGGCAAACCGAGAUGAGACCCAAGUGGUCAAUGUGGAGCUCGCUGAGCAAGAUGCCACAGAUCUGUACAAAGCAGGAGAAGGCCGAUGGGGAACAGAGGAGCUGGCUUUCAAUACGGUCUUAGCAAAGAGAAGCUAUAGUCAGCUGAGAGCUACUUUUCAAGCCUAUGAAAAGGUGUGUGGGAAGGACAUAGAAGAAUCCAUUAAAAGUGAAACAUCUGGAGACCUGGAGAAGGCUUAUCUCACUCUUGUCAGCUGUGCCAAAGACCACCCAGGUUACUUCGCUACACUUCUGUACAACUCGAUGAAAGGAGCUGGGACUGAUGAAAAGACCUUGAUUCGCAUCCUUGUGACCAGGGCCGAGAGCGACCUGCCAGCAAUAAAGGAGAAGUUCCAGCAAAUGUACAAGAAGUCGUUAGCUGAAGCUGUUCGAUCUGAUACCUCUGGGGACUUCAGAAAGUUGCUGCUGGCUCUUUUGCAGUAAAAAGCCAUGAAGAAUGAAGAGGCAUGCUGAGCAGCCACCUCUUGAUUAGUUUCCAAAAUAGCAUCCAAAAAAUGUGGCAUUAGCACAAAGAAAAAAUCUAAUUUAUUUUCUUUCCAGCUGGGAAAUGUGUUGCCAAGUAAUGCUGGACGUGAGGUUUAUGUUAUGGCUAUCUCGCCAAAUGUCCUUAAGCAAUAAAGACAUGUUAAAAAAACUAAGUCU